AUGGUCGACAGCAAGCUAGCAUCGUCUUCCAUCUCCAAUCUGUCACCAGAACUCCUUCUCCUGCAACAAAAUAAUCUGUAUAGCACUUUUCCUUUCGUUUCAACCUCGUUGCAGGCUAAUUUCAACAGUCUAAACACGGCUACGCAGCAGAACAACCCUCCAGGCUCCCUUCACCAUUUGCCAUUUGCUCAGUCAUCUCUAACGCAGAAGCCGCCGAUCGUUUUCAAUCAAACUAUGAGGCAGAUUGGUCAGAUUGGUCAAAUCGCGUCGAAGUCGAUCAUUCUAGCUCCGAAACCACAGUACACGGGUGCUGGUUUGGAAGUGAUUCAGCAGUCAAUUACUGAGAGCAAGAAGCGAAGUUUUGAUGAGAGCCAGAGCUUGGCAUCAUCCUCAGACGAUGGCGGCAAGAGAGGACGUAAGAGUGCCGGCAACAAGUGGCAGCGAGAAGCUCUGGCGCAGAGGAGCGAGGCAGGUUCUUCUUCAGGGCAGGCGAACCAGGCCAUGGCGUUCCGACUCUUCCUCAAGGACGAGCAGUCGAAAGGAGUUGUCAGCUUGGAGAAUGUGGAUGAGAGCUCGGAUCCCAAGCUGAAUCCCCUCGGCCUGAAGAUGUGGGAAGUGCACAACGUGGACCAGUGGUGGAAGGACGUGCAUUCGUGGUUCGAAGACAACCCCGAGAGGUUUUCUCUCAGAGCGUUCUUCAUGAUGCUUCGUCGGCUGGGCUACAAGCCCCUCAAUCACGCGCCCGCCCCUGCCACCUCCGGUUUGGACUACGGGCUGCGCAAUCGGUUUGUAAAGAAGCAUGGGUAUGUGUACGAUAAGGACGUUUUCGAGAAGUAUCAGAGACGUCGAGGCCUCAAGAAACUUCCUUUCCGACCAGCUACCGGCAUCGACGACGCUGCCGAGUUCAAGCGAGGCUGCGGCCAGCGCGAGGGUAACUCUGAGUGA